AUGAGACCCAUGGCUUCCUUCGGCGCUGCCGCCUGCUUCGUCCUCUGCGCGCUGCUCCUCGUCCAGCCCGCCCCCGCCGCCGCCGCCGGCGAGAAGCAGUCCUACGUCGUGUACCUCGGCGAGCACGCGCACGCGUCGCAGCUGCACGACCUCGCCGCCGUCGACCUGGCGGCGGUCGAGGGGAAGGCCGCCGACUCGCACUACGACCUCCUCGCCACCGUCCUCGGAGACAAGGAGAAGGCGCGGGAGGCCAUCUUCUACUCGUACACCAAGCACAUCAACGGCUUCGCCGCCAACCUCGACGCCGAGCAAGCCGCCCAGAUCGCCCGGCUGCCGGAGGUGGUGUCGGUGUUCCGGAACAGGGGGUACCAGCUGCACACGACGCGGUCGUGGCAGUUUCUUGGCAUCGCCGGGCCCGGAGGCGUCCCCCGCGGAGCGUCCUGGCGCAAGGCUAAGUUCGGCGAGGGCGUCGUCAUUGGCAACAUCGACACCGGUGUGUGGCCAGAAUCGGAGAGCUUUCGGGAUCAUGGGCUGGGACCAGUCCCCAAGCACUGGAAAGGAACAUGCGAGAAAGGCCAAGACGAUAACUUCCACUGCAACGCGAAGCUGAUCGGGGCGCGCUACUUCAACAAGGGGUACGGCUCGGAAGGGCUCGACACCAAGGCUCCUGAGUUCAACACGCCGCGGGACAACGAGGGGCACGGCACGCACACGCUGUCCACGGCCGGCGGCUCGGCGGUGCCCGGCGCCAGCGUGUUCGGCUUCGGCAACGGCACGGCCUCCGGCGGCUCCCCGCGGGCGCACGUGGCCGCAUACCGCGUGUGCUACAAGCCCGUGAACGGCAGCUCGUGCUUCGAGGCGGACAUCCUGGCCGCCUUCGACGCUGCCAUCCACGACGGUGUGCACGUCCUGUCCGUCUCCCUCGGCAACGACGGCGAGCCCUACGACUACUUCGACGACGCCAUUUCCAUCGGGUCUUUCCACGCCGUCCGCCGGGGCAUCUCCGUCGUCUGCUCCGCCGGAAACUCGGGCCCCAAGCCGAGCUCCAUCUCCAACCUUGCGCCGUGGCUCUUCACCGUCGGUGCUAGCACCAUGGACCGCGAGUUCCCGUCUUACGUCGUCUUCAACGGCACAAAGAUCAAGGGGCAGAGCAUGUCGGAGACAUCGCUCAAGAGCAAGGAGUCUUACCCCAUGAUCGACUCCGCUGAAGCCGCAGCUCCCGGCAGAGCGGUAGAUGACGCCAAGAUUUGCCUACAGGGGUCGCUGGACCCGACGAAGGUGAAGGGGAAGAUCGUGGUGUGCCUGCGUGGGACGAGCGCGCGUGUGGCCAAGGGCCUGACGGUGCUCCAAGCCGGCGGCGCUGCCAUGGUUCUCGCCAACGACGCCGCCUCCGGCAACGAGAUUAUCGCGGACGCGCACCUGCUCCCGGCCACGCACAUUAGGCACAGCGACGGCCUCACCCUAUACAACUACCUCAAAUCCGCCAAGUCUCCAGAGGGGUACGUUGAGAAGCCGGAGACGACCCUGGAGACGAAGCCAGCGCCGUACAUGGCCGCUUUCUCCUCGCACGGACCCAACCCCGUCAACCCGGAGAUUCUCAAGCCCGACAUCACGGCGCCUGGGGUGAGCGUGAUUGCCGCGUUUACGCGCGCCAUGGCCCCCACGGAGCUUGCCUUUGACGAACGCCGCGUUGCCUUCACGUCCAUGUCGGGGACGUCCAUGUCGUGCCCGCACGUCUCCGGCCUCGUGGGGCUCCUCAAGGCCCUCCACCCAGACUGGAGCCCCUCGACGAUCAAGUCGGCAAUGAUGACGACGGCAAUCGACGUGGACAACAAGGGCGAGUCCAUCCUCAACGCGUCCUUGGCGCCGGCGGGGCCCUUUGCCUAUGGCGCCGGCCACGUGUGGCCGAGCCGCUCCAUGAACCCGGGCCUCGUCUACGACCUCGGCCCCGACCACUACCUCGACUUCCUCUGCGCGCUCAAGUACAACGCCACGGUCCUGUCCAUGUUCAACGGCAAGCCGUACAAGUGCCCCGAGAAGGCCCUCAAGAUCGAGGACCUCAACUACCCAUCCAUCACCGUCGUCAACCUCACGGCCUCCGGCGCGACGGUGAAGCGCACGGUGAAGAACGUCGGCUCCCCGGGCAAGUACAAGGCGAUGGUGCGCCAGCCGGCUGGCGUGCACGUGACGGUGAGCCCCGACGUGAUGGAGUUUGGGAAGAAGGGGGAGGAGAAGACGUUCGAGGUCAAGUUCGAGACCAAGAACGCCAAGCUGGCCAAGAACUACGCGUUUGGCGCGCUCAUAUGGAGCAACGGGGUCCAGUUCGUGAAGAGCCCCAUCGUUGUCAAGACGGCGGCGUGA